GAGCAAAUAUGGUAGAACCAACUAAAGCAUCCGGCUUAUUGUCUUUGGAUGUAUUAAGCUUAAUCAAUGAGUCCCGCAUGACUUAUGGCUUAAGACAUCAAGACUAUCAACGAUACCGUGAAUACUGUACCAAUCGCGUUCGUCGUCUUCGCCAAAUUUUAAAAUUAAGUCAAUCAAACGACAAAAAGGCUAAUGUUUGCAAACCUUUACCAAAAGAGUUUCAUGAUAACCGCUAUCUCCAACUUUAUGUGUAUGAAACCGAACGAGCUUGGGCUUAUGCUAUGGAAUUAAAGCAAGAAUCAACCAAUAGUAUGGAAACUCGUCAGAGACAUCAUCUUGUCAAGAGGUUAAAAAGAGCAGCUCAGCAUGCUUCAUUUCUUUAUGGCCUUUGUGAACAACAAACUGUGGACAGUAAAACUGUUUUUGACGUCAAGGCCUAUGCUGCACUUAUGAAGGGUUAUCUCCUUUUUGAACAGCAACAAUGGAAAGGUGCUAUUGACCAAUUUGUAGAAGCAAGAGCUAUCUAUGAGUUAUUUGCACAAUAUAAUAGUAAUGCUCAACAAGAGGCUUUGUACUAUGCUGCUAUUGACGAAAUUGAUCCCAACAUUCGUUUCUGUGCUUAUAGACUUCAGAUGAGCACACAUGAUGCUGAAAGUGUAGCAAAGGCUCAUCCUCGUACGAAUGAAUUGAACCAGGAACUAUCAAAAUUGGUUGAGGAUCAAAGCGAUUCAUGGACAGGAAGAGUUGUCGAAUGGCAUGGAAGAGAGUUUACUAUCAAGAACAAGGCCUUGUCAGAAGCAGUAACAAGAGCAGAAAAGGAAAAUGUUUGGACAGAAUCAGAAAAGAUGGUGAAGAGAGCUUUGAAAGAGAAUCAAGAAGCUACAGCUAAAGUGACGUCGACUAAAUCAGAAAAGACAAGCAAUGACCUCAAAUAUUUGUUUACGUUUGUCGAAUACCAUGUAUUUGUUUCCUUGAUUCGACGUAGCUUGAGUCAGCUUGAUGAGAAUAAGGAAAAGCAUGAACAGAUGAUCAAACUCUAUGACGAUAUUCUAAAGAACAUCGAGUGUAUUUGGGAACUGCCUUUUGUUAAAGACGAUAUCAGUUUUGACUCGGAAUUAAAUACCUUGACCCUUUACUACAAGGGAUGCAGAUGCGUACAGAUCGCUAUGAUAUACGAAGCAGCAAACAAGAUUCCAGAAUCUCUUGCACUUUAUCAGCGUGCACAGACGUAUACAGUCCAGGCCAAACAAUCACUUGUACAACUUGGUGCAUUUUCAAAAGAUGCACUGAUCCAAGUAACUGAGCAAGACAUACAGCAACUGGAUCAAACGAUAAGAACUGGAAUCUGGAAGGCUCGUGCUGCAUGGCAUCUUGAACAUGAGAAUGAAUCAAUUACAGAUAGAAUGAAUCAGCUCAACUUGAAUAAUGACCUUUUGAUUGAUCACUUGGAUACAUAUCCAAGUCAUAUUCACCGUCUUGUAGAAUUCCCACCUACUUUUCAACCUGUUUCGUGCAAGCCAUUCUAUUUUGACUUGGCAGCCAAUUAUAUUAAAUAUCCUGAACAGUCUAUAGAAGAGCGUACAGAAAAGACAGCCAGUGGCAUAUGGGGUCUUUUUGGAAAAAGAUGGUAGUAAAAUGAUUAAAGAAAUUGCAAAGACUUUCUUAUGCGGCCUUUUAAAUAAAAAUGGGGGAAAAUGGUGUACC